AUUAAAAUCUCCAUUGAAUUGAAUUCACAGAGAACUGAUGAACGCCAUUGAAAACAACACUAAUAACUACAAUACCCAGAUGGGUUUGGGUGCUGUUCCGUUCUUUACAACCACAACAACAGCAGAAAUGCUUCUUCCUUUUUACAACUCCUCUGCUAUGGCUGAUCCAGUUCCUGCAACAACCACCGUGAAAGCAGAUAGUGGUCUCACUUACAACAAUCUCCCCAUCUCCGUCUCUAGAAAACGUUCCAGAGAUUCAUCGAUGAUCGCCUUACCCUGUUCUCCAAAAGACAACAAAAACAACAAUCGGAGUAGUUGCAGCAGUGUUGCUCCUCUGUCCUUCCUCGGCGAAGACAUUACAUUUCAGAUCCAACAGCAACAAUUAGAGAUCGACCGCUUCGUUGCCCACCAUACACAGAAGAUUCGGAUAGAACUUGCAAAGCGAAGGAAUCGAGAAGAUUAAUGGCGGAUCUUGAAGAAAGAAUUUCGAAGAGAUUAAAAGCCAAACAAGAAGAGAUCGAGAAAAUUGGGAAACU